AUGGAACUGUUGCAGCAGCCGAUGCAUGUCGUCCCUUAUCAUCGUGGUUUGUUGGUCAAGUAUCAGGGCCACAUAAAUGUUGAGUGGUGCAACCGAUCACUAUCCAUAAAAUAUCUUUUCAAGUAUAUUGGGAAGGGUCCAGAUGCUGCAACUAUUGUUUUGCUGGAGGCCAACAAACAGCUACCUCAGACAGACCAAGAUUCAGCAGCCAGCAAUGCCCAAAGUAUCGAUGAGAUUAAAAAUUAUGUAUCUUGCAGAUAUGUCUCCACAGCGGAAUCAUGCUGGCGUCUGUUUGAAUUUCCAAUACACCAUAGAGAACUUUUUGUUCAGCGUUUAUAUUUUCAUCUUGAAAAUGAACAAGAGGUGAGAUUUCGUGACGAUGAGAAUUUGCCACAGGUCGUUAGCAGAGUUGAUCCAGACGGUACAAUGUUUAUUCAGUGGAUGUUGAAUAACCGCUAUGAUGAGCUGGGCCGUGGCUUAACUUUUCUCAAAUAUCCUACAAAGUUUCGGUGGGAUGGGUCAACCAAAAGAUGGCUCCGCCGGAAGCAAAACAUUAGUGUUGUCGGAAGAAUGGUUUACGCACACCCCGCAUCAGGCGAAAGAUUUUACAUGCGCCUUUUGUUGAACAUUGUGGUGGGUGCCCAAAGCUUUGAGGACAUACGAACUGUUGAUGGCAUCGUUUACUCAACUUACAAAGAGGCAUGCUUUCAAAGGGGGUUGCUAGAGUCAGAUAAUGAAUGGCAUAUAGCACUCCAUGACGCUUCCCUUUCUGCAUCUGCACAUCAGCUACAUGAUUUGUUUGUAACUUUAUUGGUGUUUUGCGAAGUGGUCAAUCCGAGAGAGUUAUGGGAGAAACAUUGGAACAACCUUGCUGACGAUUUUGAAUAUACUAAAAGGAAGCAGCUCAGUUUACCAACUUUGAAAAUCACUGAUAACGACAAACAAAUGCUCGCACUUGAGGCGGUGCAACACCUUCUAAGGCAAUAUGGGAAAACAUUAGCAGAUUAUCCUGGUAUGCCAGAGCUGAGUGUUGUCUCCACUUCAAAAUACAAGAAUGAUUUACUGUUGGAGGAAAUGAUGUAUGACCGUGAAAGACUUCAGUUAAAGGCGGCUGAACAGUAUCCAUGUCUAAAUGAAAUGCAGCGCACUAUCUUUGAUGAAAUUGUGGAGCAAGUGGAGUUGGAUAAGGGAGGAUUCUACUUUGUCUAUGGCCCCGGAGGCACGGGCAAAACCUUUUUAUGGUCCACAAUUAUAUCAAAGCUAAGAGGCGAUGGCAAGAUAGUGCUCGCAGUGGCUUCUUCCGGAAUACCUUCUCUUCUACUUGAAGGAGGUAGGACAGCACAUUCUCGGUUUAGAAUACCGAUUGACAUAAAUGAAUAUAGUUGUUGUGAGAUUAAAAAAAGAACAUUCCUUGCCGAACUUAUAUGCAAUGCGAGUUUAGUAAUUUGGGAUGAGGCUCCCAUGACACACAGGUUUGUAUAUGAAGCUGUGGACCGAACAUUCCGGGAUAUACGCUCAACAACAAAUGACGAGUGCCAAUCCCUACCCUUUGGUGGACUAACUACGGUGCUAGGUGGUGAUUUCAGACAAAUUCUCCCUGUCCUGCCCAAAAAAGGGAGGCAUGAAAUUGUGUGUGCAAGCAUUAGCAAAUCACACUUAUGGGAAAGCUGUAAGGUUUACACACUCACUGAAAACAUGCGUAUUCAUAAAAAUGUACCGCCAGUCACAAUUCAAGGAUCCAGGGUACAGUUUCAAGACUGGGUGUUGGCUUUAGGCGAAGGCUGGGAGGAAACUGCUUCUAUUGGAGAUGAUGCAGAGCCAUGCUGGUUCCUGAUACCGGAUGAGGUCCAUGUCAGGUACACUGGGGAUCCUGUGGAAGCAAUAGUCAAUGAAAUUUAUCGUGAUCUCCCUCUUCAGGCUGGAAACAUUGAAUACCUUCGUGACAGGGCUAUAUUGACGCCACGUAAUGAACAUGUUGAGCAGGUUAACUUGGCCGUUUUACAAAGGUUACAAGGAGAAGUGAAGGUCUAUCAUAGCUGCGAUAGUGUUUGUAAAGGCUCUUCAAGUAGUGAUGCUGACGAGGUUUUAUACCCGGCAGAAUAUCUCAACGCAUUUAAAUUUAGCGGAAUCCCGAAUCAUGAGGUUCGCGUUAAAGUUGGUGCCCCAAUAAUGUUGUUGCGUAACAUCAAUGCGAAGAGAGGGUUAUGUAAUGGCACUCGACUCAUUGUUACACGAUGUUAUCCUUUCCUCAUUGAGGCAUUGAUCAUUACAGGUAACAGAAUUGGAGAGACAGCUUACAUCCCACGGAUAAACAUGAGCCCUGCUGAAAAAACACACCCAUUUGUAUUGAAGAGAAAACAAUUCCCGAUCGCUGUUUGCUACGCAAUGACAAUCAACAAAAGUUAG